AUGGAAACGAGGUCGGCCGUUGUUGUUCUUUGCCUCGCGGCGACGCGGAAGAAGCGACACCGGCGACAGGACAGCGACGUGGAUGGGCGCUUUGAGAUCAAUCCGGCCAAUCAGCUUCGGAAAGUGCCGAAGGACCGGAGUCGCGCAGCAAACGGUUUAAGCCGCGUCGCGCAGCAUGGAGCGAGGAGAGAGAGACACUCCUUCUCGGCCUUUUGUCGCGUGGCCGGUGGUGACCGGUCCGUUGACCCGGUGACCGGUCGCGCCGAAGAGGACCGGCGGAAGGCGAAGGAUCAACGCUCGCCCUUCGAGCGGAAAGUGGAGCUUCAGGCGCCCAGGGAUCCCCUGGGGAUGAUCGAAGUGGAGUCCUCCGCCUCCUCGGGCCGCAGAAGGCAUGCCAGAUCACCAUCGUUGACUUCCAAUUCCGAUGGGAUGGGCUCGGACAACGAUCCCGAGGACGGGGUGGAGCAGGGCCAGUGGAGCUUGUAG